AUGGCGUGUGCUCCUCCGGCCACAGAGACAGCGCUGCUCUCCGCUACACUAGUGAAUCAGUUGAAAGGCACCGUGUCCGGUGGCAUGCCCCAGGCUGACCUGGAAUUCCUGGUACCAUCACUCAGUCUGCCAGGGGCUGGAGCCUCUGCACUCCGCUGCGAUCUCUGUCUGCGAGGGGCAAGACAGUUCCCAGCAACUUUGCCAACAAAGAACGUAACAAUCUUCAUUCCCGUGAAAGUUUUGUGUGACCCAGAGAUGCUGACACACGAAAUACAGGGAUCAGAAGCUGCCAAUCCGAGAUGCCCAGAGGCUGGCCUGCUGGCUCCUUGGUUUUUCAGGGCUUUCCUCCGCGAGCUGUCACCAUUCACUAAGACGCUCCAGGUAAGAGCCUCUGCUUGGAGCUGGGGUGAGCGUGUUGGUUCCCAGCAGGAAGCCUGGUUCCCUAGUUCCCAGGUGAGCGCGGUGGGUCUGUGCGUUGGAGACAGCCAUCCCAGAGUGAGCCACAUAGGCCAGGGCAGCACUAGACGCAGGGGAAUAGAGACAAACGCUUGGUUCCAGGGUGAGGGCACAUGUGCACCACCAUGCAGUUCACUCUCGCAGUGA